UUUUGCGUAAAAAUUUCAUUUUACGAGAUAAACAAACGAUUCCAAAAUAUCAAAAUAUAGAAUUAUAUAAGAAGUAAAUAUUUCCCGAUAUGAUAACUAUGUUUCAAUAUUCACUAAAAGCGCCUUUAGUUAUUAGUAGCGUAUGUCAUUCGCAUUAACUGCCUUUACUGAUACUCUGUGACGGCUAGGGCAUUGCAUUGUGCGUAGGUUAUGCCAUAUUAGUCAACCUUGUCAUAGUAAUUCGUGUUGUCAAAAUUGACACAUUAAAGAAUAAUAAUGGGACAAUCUCAAGAUUGUAUCGUAACUCUUCGGGAGCCUUACGACGAAACUGGUGAUAAUGGAUUUAUUCUUGGUAAUAAAUAUAUUCCAGAGGAAUUACUGGCAGAAUUUCUCUGUCACGUUGACAAUAAAACUCUAUUAAAUUGUCAGCUGGUCUGCAAACGUUGGAAAAUAUUAAUACAUAGCUAUGUAUGGCGUAAAAAAGCUGAGAUGACAUUAAAUCGUCCACAUACACUAGACACAGAUAUGCCUUGGAAAGCAUAUUAUAUGAUAGCCAAGAAGAGACCGUUUGAAAAAAAUUUAAUAAAAAAUCAUUCAGGAGAAUACGGCGUACAAAAAUAUUGGAAAAUCUUUACAGACGGUGGUGAUCAUUGGAAGGUUGAAAAUCCACCUUGUGGAGUUCCACCUAUACCAAAAAAUGUUUCUGUUUUUGAAAAAAAAGAAUAUUGCUUUGUAACGUCUUAUAAUAAUUGUUCCAAAAUGCAAUUAAUAGAUUUAGAAGCAGAGGGACUAUUGUCGUAUGUAUUGGACGUUUUACAGCCAACUAUAGUGGUAAGUGAAUGGUAUAGUUGUAGAUGGGAUUGUCCUGCUCAUUACGAAUGUACAAUAGAAUUAUUAAGGAGUGAUAAUAAAGUUAUGAAAACAUUCCAAUUUCAUGAUGAUAUUGAAGGAGAUAAACAAAAUCAAUGGUUAAAUGUUAGUUAUGAAUUUAAAGACUACGGGCUUGGUCUUAAAAAAAUUAGUUUCUAUCAUGGAGGAAUGGAUAAGUCCUUUUGGGCAGGACAUUAUGGUAGUAAAAUGGCUGGUGCUUGUGUUAUUGUUAAAAUACCUGAAAAUGAUGAGCAUCGAUGUGAGGAAGACACAGAUACAAAUACGGAUACAAAUACGGAUACAGAUACGGAUACAGAUACAGAUACAUAUAAAAGCUCUAAUACGGAUUAAUAAAGAAACUAAAUCCAUGUUCUAUGUAACAACGUAUAAACUAUUUUUUCGAUGUGAGAUAGAAAGUAUUAUGGACCUACAUUAAUAUUAUUAUUAUUAUUAUUAUUAUGUUUAAUUUUAAAUGGAGCAGUAUAUGUAUUUUUAUUUCUAUUUGAUUCUGUAUUUUUUUUUCUUUUUUAACAAUUUCCCUUAGUUAAAAAUUUGUAACUCAUAGUAAGAACGCAAAUGUUCAUCCCUCAUUUAAGUUACAUAAAAAAAAAAAAGAAAAUAACUUUUCUACGUAAUGUCUUAACAAGAAGUCAAAUGAAUUUAUCUUGUUUUUUUUUACUCUUCUUUUUAUUUUUUUUUUUUUUUUUUUUAUUUUUUUAUUAUAGUAAAAAAUACAUUAUAAACCAUUAUAAUAUCGCAUAGAAAGUAAUAACCACUAUAAAGCGGCUGAAAUAACUUAUUAAAUGUAUUUAAAUUUUAUUGGAGCAUUUAAAAAAAUUUGUGGAUAUAAGUAGUAGAAUAAUGUAUAGACAAAAAAAUUAAUGUUAACUUAUGCAGUUGUAUGAAAACGCGUAAAGUUUACUGUCCUUAUUCACGCACCUCAUUUUUAUAGAUAAUAUAAUAAAGAACAUGUUUUCUAAUGUUUUGUAUAUAUGUACAAAGUCAAUAGUUUGUAUAUAUAUACAAAGAUGUGAAUAAAAAGAUGUGUUUUGUAUAUUUUAUAUACACUUACAUUUGUGUCCAUUCUGUAAUUUACAAUAUUUAUUCCACUGCCUUUUUAUUGCACACGAAUAUUUUAUACGUGCAAUAUUUUAUAUUGCUGUAUUAAACAUGUUCAGAAGUAAAA